AUGUUUUUCACUGUUCAGAUUCAGGCCACUGACAAGGACGCCGGUCAAAAUGGUAGUCUGGAGUUUCUUCUAGCCGGUGGCAACGAACAGAAGCUGUUUGAUCUUAAUCGCGUAACAGGUGGGCUCAGCUUCACUGGAGCAGUGACCAGCUAUGCCAUAGGCCGACAUGUACUUGUCGUUGAAGCUCGUGACCGAGGCCAACCGCCUCUGGUUGCGCAGGCUCGUCUCCAGGUCGAGGUGGAUGCUUCGGAGCCAAUCAGCCCAAAGCUUUUGGAAGCAAGCAAGUUAACCAAAGCCUCCUACACCGAAUUCGGUUGGUCGCCAUAUGAUGGAGCCGACAGUGGCGUCGGCGGGUCUGCGAGUGGCAGGUCUGGCGGAGACUCGUCCGGCCGAGCAGUCAAUCUCUACAUCAUCAUUGCAAUAGUUGUCGCCUCAUUUGUCAUAUCUACCGUUCUUCUUACCUCCAUCUGUCUUGUGUUGCGUCGGGCCCGUCGAGACGGUCAAUAUCGCCAAGUUAUGAGGAGACAACCGGCAUACAUUUCAGCCUCAAUCACUGGAGAUGACGUCAAUGUCAUCCCGGACCAAUUGAUGCCAACGGAUGGGGGCCGAGUAAGGCCAGAUGGAUCUUGCAUUGAAGAUCGACUAGCAGGAGGUUGCUGUUCAGUCAAACCGAGAUUUAUUUACGAGUCUACAGGCCAGAUACCCUUCAUACUGGACAGAUCAACCUCUUCACGUAAGUCGAGAAAAGAGUACAAUUAA